AUGAAGGCUUCCCUGGAGUUGAACUCAAGCGAAAAUUUCAUGCCAGGGCUAGCAAUAGCCAAAGCAACAGUGAAAGGGACUGUAAGAUUGGGGCAGCAGGAGAACUUUAUGUACGUCUUCGACCUUCCUCGUGGCCUAUCCCUUCCAAACUGGGGGUAUCACAACUGGCCGAGCACUAUUCGACACCAUGUCAAGAUACACAGCACACACACUAAUAUUCAACCAUGGCAUGGAUCGGAGACAGUAGAUAUUGUCUACGAUGAGGGACUCUUUACAGCCUUGUUAAUAUUGAAUGGCUAUCUUGAUCCCAUGAAAUGGAUGAACCGACGUCCAAAGUACUUCAUCGAAGUCAAGACCACAGCAGGGCCACCGAAGAUUCCAUUUUACAUGAGCAGGCAUCAAUUUGAAGAAAUGGGCGAAAUGCACAGAAAGAAUGAGGCUUCUAAUUAUUCGGAAAUUUAUAUGAUUUGUCGGGUCUUUUUCAUACAGGGCCCGGAUGUUGGGAUGUGUGUUUACGUUGACCCGGAACAGCUUAGGCAGUCUGGGGAACUGAAGUUCAAGUUCCAUAAUAAUACUGGCCAUUGGUCAGUUGUUCCAGGAUAA